CAAAGGUCAAUCCGUGACGUCACGAGACGAGCAGACAUGGCGGCCGGACAGUGAUCAAACCCGAUCAGGGAUGCCCGCCACGGAUUUUCUCGCCUUUUUCAGCUCAUCUCAGCGUUAUUUCCUGCCAUAACCAUUCUAAACCAUUAGAAUUACCCAAAAGGUUUGUCUCUAGCAAGAUUUUAGCCCCCGAUUGCGAAAACCAGCGGCGAACUGGGGAAAUUCGUGCAUGUCAAUUUCGUUAUUUUUCAAUUUCCAAAACAACAGACUGUUGGAGAGCGCCAUCUUCGCCUGCAUUUUGACGUGGAUUUUUUGUGGCCGGGACAGCAGAAUUUCCUGGUAGCGUUCGGACAGGCAGUCAUGCUCCGUCGUCUGUGAUUCCAGGCUCCUUCAAUUCCACCGUACUUUCCUGGGGGAUCUAAUUUUUCACCCUGUAGUGGUAGCCUGACCAUUUUCCAUCAUCACCCCGUGUGUGACAGUGUGUGUGGAUAUAACCCGAACACACACCAGCAUAUUUCUAGCGAUCGGAAACUCGCGGAUAUUCCAGCUUUGAACCCAACAUGGCUGACGGAGAGUUCGAGACUUUGGUGGACGAUGUUUUUGAUAAGGACACCACGAAGCGGCUGGCGGUGGCCGAGGUUCUGGUGGCAUAUCUGCAGGAGCACAGCUCGCCCCUCCCCGCCGACUCGUCGCUCAUGGGCCGGUUGGUGGACGGACUGGCAGCAUGGCUCAACACCUCCAACUUCAAGAUCUGCCUGAACGGCAUGGAGGUCAUCAGCCACCUCAUUGUCCGCCUCAAGGAGAAGUUCAGACAUCACAUCAAUACAGUCUUGCCGCCUCUGAUCGACAGACUAGGAGACAGCAAAGACCAGGUUCGAGAGCAGGCACAGGAGCUAAUACUGAGACUCAUGGAGCCGGUGUCAUCCCCACAGUACGUGUUUGAGAGAAUGAUGGGGGCGUUCGGACAUCGGAACUUCCGCGUGCGAGAAGAGGUGCUCAUCUGUCUCGUGGCCACCAUCAACACGUUUGGUGCAGGCUCUCUCACUCUCAGCAAGAUUGUGCCACACAUAUGUAAGCUGCUGGGAGACCCCAAUAGCGCUGUUCGGGACAUGGCAAUCAACUCGCUGGUAGAGAUCUACAGACAUGUGGGGGAGAAGGUCAGGGUCGACCUCAGCAAGAAGGGUAUACCAUCAUCAAGGUUGUCUGUGAUCUUCCAGAAGUUUGAUGAAGUAAAACAGUCAGGCAGGAUGCUGGCAGUCUCUUCAUCAUCCUCCCUUCGGUCCAGCAGUUCUGGAGACGGAGACGAGACAGACUCUGCCAAGAACAGACCCUUUCUCUACUGGAGCGGGCACAUAUACGACUCCCCCAUUAUGAUGGAGACUGCUAUGAUUCAGGCUCAUAUGAAGAUAGCUCCGGAGGUAUCCAGAAUGUCGGGAGCGAAGCGGGUGUCCAGUGCGCCACCUAGGCGACCGGCAUCAGCAGGCAUGAAGCCGCCGCUCGCCCCGUCUUCGUCUGCGGGUGCGGGAGGAGCGGACGAAGAGAUGUUCAUCAAGUUCUUUGAAGAGGUCCCAAAAGUCAACCUUUUUUCAGCCAGAGAUCUCGAGGAUCACAUGCACAAGAUCAAGGAUACCUUGGGCGACGACAAAUGUGACUGGGAACAGAGAGUAGACUCUAUAAAAAAAGUGAGGUCGUUGCUCGUACACGGAGCCAUGGACUACGACAACUUUUUUCAGCAGCUGAAAUUGUUGGAGCCGGUCUUCAAGCUGGCUGUGAGAGACCUGCGCUCACAAGUAGUUAGAGAAGCAUGUAUUACUUUAAGUUAUUUAGCACAAAGGCUACAAAGUAAGUUUGACCACUUUGCGGAAGUGGUGAUGCCCAACCUGUUCAACCUCAUCCCCAACAGUGCAAAAAUCAUGGCCACGGCAGGAGCCGUCACCUGUAGGUUUAUUAUACAGUACACCCACGCCCAUAGAUUGAUCCCCAUCAUCACUAGUCAUCACAACUCCAAGUCUGUUGCCAUCAGAAGGAAAACAUUUGAACUGCUAGACCUGUUGUUACGAUCGUGGGAUACAAAUACUCUAGAAAAACACUCACAAACUCUAGUAGAAACAAUCAAGAAUGGUAUAGGAGAUGCAGACUCUGAAGCAAGAGUAGAUGCUAGAAAAUGUUUCUGGGCCUUCAAGGAACACUACCCCAACUUGAGCGACAACCUGUUGAAGCUGCUCACUCCGGCGCAGAAGAAGGUUCUCCUGGGAUCUCUGGCGCACUCCGCCUCGUCUGACAGUUUGGCAACGCAGUCCACGCGCCUGCGGGCGUCGUCCUCGGAAAACGUCAGGUCUGUACCGGGAAGCGCUCGCAGAACACAUACAGCCCCAUGCACGACUCCUUCUAAGCUGCCUAAGAAAGACAAAGCAGAUGCCAAGACGCCCGCUGGAAUUCCGCUGUCCCGUUCCCGUAGCGACAUCGACAUGUCUGCGGCCUCCCGUGCCAAGACGCGGCUGGGGACAGGCAUGUUGUCUACCGCACAUAUGAGAGCGGGGGCGACAGCUUCCUUAGGCUGCUCCUCAGGCUCUGAGACCGAAUCGCAAUGCUCAGAUUUGGACUAUGGCUACAGUAGGGCGGGAAAAUCUGGGAGUCAAAGUGCAAAGAAAAAGACACCAGGUCGGAACUGGAAGGCGCCACGGACGUCGCCCGGCGCAGCGGCGGAAAAAGCGGCGGAAGCGAGAGGAAGACAAGCCGGCAGACAAACUAGGGUGUCGCAGUCACAACGCCGCUCUCGUUCCUGCUCCGCCGCGGCUCUUGUCCCCCAGCUGAAGAUAGUUGACAUUGACAUCUCCUCGACCUCUGACCCUGCGGGCAGUCGGUCGGGCUCCCCUGGCCGCCACACCAGCGCGUACACAAGCUACGGCCGUGUGGAGGCGGGGGCCGGGCGCCGACGCACACGCAGCGGGAUCCCUCGCAGCACCGGAACGAGCCGGGAGACAAGCCCGAAGAGAUAUGGCAUGCGAUCGACCAGUAGAGAGCGGCGCCUCAGUGAAAGUAGCGGUGCGAGAAGACCGGUUCUGGGUCCUGCUGAGAGAAGACCUGUGGCCUCACGGGCUGCAAGCUCAGCGAAUCCCCCCGUGACAGCCCUAAGAGUCCUGGGUCCAGGCAAAGAUGUGGAGGCAGCUGUUGCCGAUGCACUGGCAAACUACAGUUAUGACACCGUGUGUCACCCACAGAGACGACCAAUGAGGCGACGCUACGAUGUCUACUCGGACGACGACGACAGCGAAAUUUGUUCCGUUUCUUCGGACAAGUCAAACGGUUCAAGUUACGGGCGUCAACUUGAGCCAAGCAACAAAACUGACUGGUCAAGUCACGAACACCUUCUGCUUCUAGUCAAUGAGCAACAAGACAUCGCAGAGAUCCUGAACAAGUGUGCCAGCAGCUCCUGGGCGGAGAGGAAGGACGGGCUCCUGGGGCUCCAGGCCAUGCUCAGGGCCAACCAGAUGCUCAGCCGUGCUGAGCUGAAGCGGGUGACGGAACUGUUUAACCGCAUGUUUGCGGACCCCCACGGGAAGGUUUUCAGCCUGUUCCUGGAGACUCUGGUGGACUUACUGAUGGUGCAUAAGGCAGACCUGACAGACUGGCUCUAUGUCCUGCUCACCCAGCUGCUGAAGAAACUUGGGGCCGACCUGCUGGGGUCUGUACAGGCUAAAGUACAGAAGGCACUGGAUACAGCACGGGAUAGUUUCCCGUACGACGUGCAGUUUAACAUCCUGAUGCGGUUCAUCGUGGAUCAGACCCAGACGCCCAACCUGAAGGUGAAGGUGGCGCUGCUCAGGUACAUGGAGCAGCUCAUCGUGCUCAUGGACCCCCAGGACUUCAUCAACUCCUCCGAGACCAGGCUCGCUGUGUCGCGCAUCAUCACAUGGACCACCGAGCCAAAGAGUGUGGAAGUUAGAAAGGCGGCCUCAGCUGUGCUGAUUGGUCUGUUUGAGCUGAACACCCCAGAGUUCAGCAUGAUGCUGUCAGUUCUGCCCAAGACCUUUCAGGACGGAGCCACUAAACUACUGCACAACCAUCUACGCAACACCAGCAAUGCUAACCAGGGCAGCCCCAGAAGAACGACUCCCGUGCAAUCCCCUCGCAGCGGGCUGACCUCCCCCCUGGCCAGACUUGGUAGCCUCCGGAACGCCUCUCCCGCGGGCAGUGUGGACUACGAUGCCGAGAACAUGAACUCCGAGGAAAUCUACAACUCACUCCGACAAACGACAGCGGAAAUCCAGAACUACAACUUUCACCAUGACGAUCACGAGCCGAUCAAACUAGACAAGAAAAAAGACAGCGAUGAGGUUUCAGGAGACAGUGGAAUCACUAGCUCUAUGCCGGACAUUCGGUCCGACAGCCCGGACGCCAAGAUCGUGCACACAGACCACGCCGGGGAUUCCCACUCUAAAAAGCAGGGACUCUACAACCCAACUCAGUACCAAGAUGAGAACAAUGUGAAUGCCUACAAUAGAGCAGCUCUAGCAGAGGCCACAUUUGAUGAAGAUUUUUGUGGAUCUGUUCCCCUUGACCAAUCAGAGAUGAUAGCAGAACUCCUGAGGGAAUUAUCCAAUCACGAUGAAAGACAAGACAAAUCGAAGUUUGUGGCGCAUCGACUGAGGUGAGCGCUGGUACAUGGUGGGGUUGUCGGGAGAGGCUUUUCUGGUGUCACACGUGCACACGUAUCUAUGACAUCACACUGGCACACGUAUCAAUGAC